AUGCAGCAGUCCAAUCCUAUCCUCUUGACAAUCUCUAACAUUCUAGAUGAAAUAAUCAAAGAAACUGAUUCUCUUGAAUUAGAAUCUAAUUCUAUCUUUCAUUCAAUAGCAGCUCCAGCAAUCUCAAUCCACAAUUAUUUGCAAAGAAUAAGCAAAUAUACCCAUUGCAGUGAACAAUGCUUCGUCGUAGCUCUUAUCUACUUGGACAGACUUUAAGAGAAACAUGCAAAUCUAGUAUUAAAUUCUCAUUGUAUACAUAGAUUUUUGCUGUUGGCUAUUGUAACUGCGAUUAAAUUUUAAGAUGACGAUUACUACAAGAAUGAGUACUAUGCAAAGAUUGGGGGAAUUAAUGUUAAGGAAAUAAAUAAAUUGGAAUAAGAAUUCUUAGAAUAUAUGAAUUAUGAAUUGUUUAUAGAUGAACAAUAAUAUCAAGUCUAUGAAAAUAGAUUGUUAGAAUAUGGUGAAAUUGAAAUGCCUUGA